AUGGUCGGCAGAGUCGUCUUCUGGACAGGCUUCGGCCUCGUCGUCCGCUUCUGGCAACUCGGCAUCGAGAUGCGGCCCUUCUUCAACAAGGGCUCGCUGUGGGCGUACCCUCUAUUUGGUGCUGUGGGCGGUAGCUUUGGAUACUGGCUUCAGGGUGUGGACGAGCGCCAGGCGAAAACACUGGCAGAUCGCAAGCAGACGAUUUUGGAGAAGCGCGCGCGGCGUGCUGAGCGCCAGGCUAGUGCGGCGGCGGCGGCGCCGACGGAGGUUGUUGCGUGA